AUGACGACGCCCAGCAGACGACGACUUAUGCGUGACUUCAAGAAACUUCAGGAGGACCCUCCUGCAGGUGUAUCUGGUGCCCCUACGGAAGAUAACAUUCUUGCUUGGGAAGCCAUCAUCUUUGGACCUCAAGAUACUCCUUUUGAGGACGGAACUUUCAAGCUCUCCCUGGAAUUUACGGAGGAGUACCCAAAUAAACCCCCGACGGUAAAGUUCAUUUCGAAAAUGUUCCACCCUAACGUGUAUGCCGACGGGUCUAUCUGUUUGGAUAUAUUGCAGAACCGCUGGUCACCCACCUACGAUGUGGCUGCAAUUUUAACGUCGAUCCAAUCGUUGUUGGAUGAGCCUAAUCCAAACUCCCCCGCAAACUCUCAUGCUGCUCAACUUUACCAGGAAAAUCGCCGUGAAUACGAGAAGCGUGUUCAGCAGAUUGUCGAGCAGUCAUGGUUAAACUUCGGAGAGAAUGAAGGCGAUAUGGAAGUAAAGGACGGAAAUGAUGAUACGGGAAACAACGACGAGAUGCCAUCAGCUAGUGGAUCAAACUAAAUUCAACUGCCCGAUUAUAAGAUCUUUGAUUAAGCGUUUGUUCACCCCAUAUUCCCCCACUCUUCUUCUCUCGCACCUUCUUGUCCUCCAGCGCACGUUCUCAUCUCCUCUACCUUUUCUUAAAUGUCGCAAAAAUACGGUUUCUAGGGUGUGUAUGUGUGUCUACGUUGCGCGGCGCCCACUUCUUCCUAAUAAAAUAGAAGAAUUUUCAUAUUCUUCUCAGUCGAAAUUCGUAUUUCCAUGUUUUCAGCAAUCUUCAGAUUUGGUGUGUAUAUUUCAAAGUAUAUUUUUCUUCCCCAUACAUGGAGCACUGCUGCUAUUUACUCGCCCCUAGAGCCAUGCGAAGUGGCUCGUGCUCCGGAACAGAGAUGUGUCUGGAUAUCUGAGUAUGUGUGCGUGUGUGUGGUGAGCCUUGUAGUAGCGACGGCAUGCGAUGACGCCCAUAUUAUCGUUACUCUCAUCUCCUUGCACUUUCUUCGUUUGCCUUUUUAGGUAUGUAAUGGUCUCUCCCGGUGAUCUAGCUUUGGAGCGUUCUCAUUGCUUCCAAAAUCAGCAGAGCGCCUCCUUUCGCUUCGUAACAUCACGGUCAUCGCGACCCGUAGGCUCUGCAUUUGGCGGCGCAUCCACGUCCCUCGCCGUUCCUCCGCGCUGCUCGUCAUAAUCGCUGCCGCCGCCUUCGUUCGCGCUUCAUCGCUGCGUUCAGUCCCGAAUUUCAAUCUCUCCAGUGUACAUAGUGCCGGUCAAGUGUAGUUCAUUUUUUCUGUUAAAAACAAUAAUUCUAUCGUUGGUUCUCCUACCUUCAUUACGGCUUUUCGACCAGAGGCGGCCGAUGGAUACGCAAAUAGCACAGUCUUACUUCGCUGAGCAUGUCAUUCUUUCACUAUUUUUCAUAUAGCCAUUUUAUAUUUACGGUAGCGAUGUCAUACUCAACAAUAGUUCUAUAUGGGCUUUUGUUAUCCAUUUGUUUUUCUCUCUGGUUGACAUCUUGAAUGUCAUGCGAAGAACCAGCUUGCUUCAUCCCCCUCAUGCAAGUCAAAUGUCAUACAGUGUGUAAUGAGAUUAUUGUGAUGAAUAAAAAGUUGGUU